AUGGCAGCAGGAUUUACUGCAGUCGGCCCUCAGUAUUCACGAGAAAAUUGGAACAAACUCUUCAGGACAAGGUUUUCAAAACAAGUUGCAAUCUUGGCAGAACUGGACAAAGAGAAAAGAAAACUACUUGCGCAGAACCAAUCUUCAACAAAUCAUCCUGGAGCUAGCAUUGCACUCUCGAGACCCUGUCUUAAUAAGGACUUUCGGGAUCACACUGAGCAGCAGUAUAUUGCAGCCCAGCAGAAGGCAGCUUUGCAGCAUGCUCAUGCACGUUCAUUUGGAUACUUCAUAACUCAAGACUCUGCAUUUGGGAACCUGAUUCUUCCUGUUUUACCUUGCCUUGACCCAGAAUGAAGAAAAUAUUUGCGAUGGAAAAGUGACUUUAUAAUCCCAAAUGCCAAAGCUACUAUCAUUCAGUGCUAGAUGAACUCUGACUUUCAGAAUUUUGGUGAACUUUGAUAUUUUUUGUUUGUUAAAGGAAUGUGUAAGUGAAAGCAGAAAGAAGGGUAACCAGGAUGAUGAGAGCUGUGGAGGCUGUAUCGUCCAAGGAAUUGAUUAUGUACCGUGACUGUAACUUUUUUGUAAUGCUGUUUAACACUAAUCAGACUCUGAACUGGAUGGUCACAAAAACAUUCCCCAGCCCCUAGCAAAUUUGACUGAAUGUAUCAUGUCCACAGUAGAUUUCCAAGAAUCAUUUAUAGUACUUAACUUUAAAGAAACAAGAGUACUUUUAAAAAAUGAACCAAUAAGCUUAAAUCUGUUACAUCCAUAUUUGCUGUUUAUAUGAUUGGUGUUAGUGUACCUUUUGAGUUUACAGUCAACAUGUAUCAUCCUAAAAUAUUCUUUCUGAACUCGUAACUACUUCCCUCUUUCUCACUUUAAAACAAACCCCAAGAAUAAAUUGCUAACCAGUCU